AUGGUCGUCCAAGCGGUAGGUAUAGAUCUCGGCACAACUUUUUCUUGUGUCGGGGUCUUUCAACAUGGAAAGGUGGAGAUCAUAGCCAACGAACAAGGAAAUAGAACUACUCCUUCAUACGUUGCUUUCAACGACACUGAAAGACUUAUCGGCGAUUCGGCAAAAAAUCAGAUAGCAAUGAACCCUAAAAACACUGUAUUCGAUGCUAAACGUUUAAUCGGGAGGAAAUUUAAUGACCCUAAAAUACAGCAGGAUAUGAGACUCUGGCCAUUUGAGGUAAUAUCAGAUGGGGGGAACCCAAAGAUUGUUGUUGAAUACAAAGGAGAGAAACGCAGAUUCACUCCGGAAGAAAUUUCUUCCAUGGUUCUGUCAAAAAUGAAGGAAAUAGCUGAAACAUAUCUCGGGGGUAUUGUCAAAGAUGCUGUGAUAACCGUCCCAGCAUAUUUCAAUGACGCACAACGACAAGCAACAAAAGAUGCUGGAGCUAUAGCCGCACUUAAUGUUCUUAGAAUUAUUAACGAACCUACGGCCGCUGCACUUGCCUAUGGUCUAGAUAAAGAACUGAAAGGAGAAAAGAACGUCCUCAUAUUCGACCUUGGUGGAGGAACAUUUGACGUGUCCAUUCUUCAGAUUUCUGAGGGAUCGUUAUUUGAAGUUAGUUCUACAGCUGGCGAUACUCAUUUGGGAGGGGAAGAUUUCGAUUGCCGAAUGGUUGAUCAUUUUUGUCAGGAAUUUGAAAGAAAGUACAAGAAAGAUAUUAAAUCUAAUCCAAAAGCUUUGAGAAGGUUAAGAACUGCUUGCGAGAGAGCUAAACGAACAUUGUCCUCGAAUACCGAAGCUAGUUUAGAAGUAGACGCUUUACAUGAAGGAAUCGAUUUUUAUUCUAAGAUCACAAGAGCACGCUUCGAAGAACUUUGUUCAGAUUUAUUCAGACAAACUUUAGGUCCAGUGGACAGAGCACUUAAAGAUGCUGGAUUAAACACGAGAGAAAUACACGAUGUGGUCAUGGUCGGUGGUUCUACAAGAAUUCCAAAAAUACAAAGAUUACUGCAGGAUUUCUUUAGUGGAAAAGUGUUGAAUCUAUCGAUUAAUCCCGAUGAAGCUGUUGCCUAUGGUGCAGCUGUGCAAGCAGCUAUUCUUACAGGUUCAAAAGACACUCGUAUCCAGGACGUCUUGCUAGUGGAUAUCACACCGCUAUCUCUAGGAAUAGAGACGGCAGGAGGAAUUAUGACGAAACUAGUUGAGAGAAAUACAAGGAUACCGAUAGCACAAAAAAAGAUAUUUACAACAUAUUCUGAUAACCAACCCGCUGUUACCAUACAAGUUUUUGAAGGAGAAAGGGCGUUGACAAAAGAUAAUAAUUUAUUGGGUGUCUUCAACUUAACGGGCAUUCCACCAGCGCCUAGAGGAGUACCGCAAGUUGAAGUAACUUUCGACAUAGAUGCCAAUGGCAUUCUUAGCGUGAGUGCUCAAGAUAGAAGUACUGGCAGAUCAGAACAGAUUACAAUAUCAAAUGACAGGGGCCGUCUUAAUAAAAAGGAGAUUGAUAAGAUGUUGCAGGAUGCAGAAAAGUUUAAAGCGGAAGAUGAAAUGGUGCGGAAGAAAGUUGAAGUUAGAAAUCAAUUGGAGGCUUACCUUUUUGGAUGUAAAACGGCAGCUGAAAGCGCUGGCACCAGAUUGACUGAUGAGGAAAAAGAAGCUGUUAUUACUGAAUGUGACAAUCAAUUGAUCUGGCUGGAAAUUAACGGAAACGCGUCAUUGGCGGAAUUAGAAAACCAUCUGAAGUCAGCUCAAGCUGUCUGCCAAUCAGCGAUGCUGAAAUUACACGCCGGUGGUCCAAGUUACGGGAGACCAGUCAGUUCAGGCGGACCAAGAGUUGAGGAGGUAGAUUGA